AUGUGCCUGAAGACAUGCGGCGGCCACCAAGACCCCCCGAAGUCUUUGUUCUGGCGGUCACCAAACUCCUACAAUAACGUUUGCGGUGGUACCAAAAGGCUUCGGGAGGUAGGGUCUAAAUGCAGACACCCACUCAAGUGUCUUAAUGCCUGACCCUGCGUGACCUCGAAAUGUUCGUAAUGUUGCAACAACUGUUUCCACAGCCCCACUCGGUGUCUUUUGCCAAUAUGAGUCCCUCCCCCAUCCCCUCAGAUCAGUCAUCAAGUUCACAGUUUCAAGCUAAACAAAACACUCGAGUUUUCUGACUGUCCUGAACUUACCACCAUGUGUGGGCGAUGUUAGCCUUGGACGGCGUCUCUUCAACCGGCUCCAGUCAAGACAUGACCGCCGGCUCACUAUCACAUCCGUUAAACUCCCCCAUCCCUACCUUCCUAGUCAAUCUAAAAUUUAUUCACGAGCCUAUGUUUGUUCAUUGUCCGAGCUGCAUGACAGGACGCAUGCAUGGAUAAGCAUACAUGAGCUGCAAGAACGACCCCCUCCCCUACCGCAUGGUGUGAUGGCGUUUUAGUCCCAUUUCACCACAGCACGAAUUCUCAUAACUCCCACCUAAACACACUUCGCACCUCGGCAAGUCUCUAACCAGCUCUCCAGGUAAACUGGUCAGCCACGUAUGACCUGCGGGGAUGUUAACUCGGUAGCCACACAAUGAGCUCACCUCGGGUAUGAGUACUGCAAAUAGCAAUCAUAUGCUCUCCGUCUGCAGCUUACUGUUGUAGUAAAUAUGAAACCAAACCCAACAUGUCAACCCAAACCGCACAAGCUCGGUAGACAAGAGAGAGAAUAAAGUACCCCAAUCGGCAAGCAGUUUGAAUACGGAGAAAUUUACCUUUGUGUCUAGGCAAAAUAAGUGAUUUUUCAAGAAGGUAAUUCAACUUGGGCUUGAAGCACUGCUGUCCUCUACAAUGUCAUAUGGGCAAAGCAAAAAUUACUAACGUUAAUUAGUACACCGCGUCCAUUCGUAAACAGCAUACGGAAACCGUCAGCAUCAGUUCCGAAAGCCGGUUUGUCCUUAGAUAAAGCUGGGCAAGUAAGUAAUCGCAACUUUGGGGUUUUAUUGGUGUGGAGAAUGAUAAAGUAGGUUAAUAAAUUAUUUUAUUUAACUUCCAUAAGGAAAAUGUUAUGCAAGUCGACCUUAAAUCGAAGGAAUCUGAAUAACUACGUCCAUUGGCUGUGUCAUAUAAGCACUACGACUUCUGCUGAGAAGACUUCGGACAGAAAUAAUACUGCAAAUACUACUGAGGUAAUCAAUAUACUGUCUGGUAAUAGUACUGCCCCCAUUGAGACGGCCUACAGGAAGACAUUUCCUAGAACUGCAACCAUUAACAGUCGUAUAUCUACGGCUGUCAGCAUUGCACUGUGGGCAAUGUCACUGUAAACGGAACUGGUAAUAUCGCUGCCCUUAAUAUAACUGUAGAACGGAGACUGUAUUGUUAUGGGUACUGCCAUCACAAUUAACAGUAGUCGAAAAAAACUGAAAUUAUUCCCGCUGCAGCAAUUGCUGGCUACUGUUACUGCUACGGCAAUUGGUGUAGGCUGUCGUAAAAGUCAAUACGAUUAAUAGGAAUGCCAGUGUGAGUACUCAGUCAGAUGUCCGUAUUAAAACUACAUACGAUAACUGACAAUAAUAAACUUAGUGCUAGUACUACUACAACAACCAUUACCUCAGGGCGUCGCGACUAGUAGUACAGUUAGUGAGCUAACUCAUGAAAUGUCAACCGUAAUUCCGAAAUGCAUCUUCGUUCCAAAAAUAGUAAUUAAGUAGGGUUGUAAAACUAAUAAUCCUGCAGGGUAAUUCUAUAAUAAUUCAUUUACCUCAGGAUGCUGGCCUUUGAACAAACGUUUUUCCGGUUGCAUGCAAAACUAUUCUCUGUAAAAAGGACUGCAUAAGUAGCAUGCACUUUUUCAUUGACUUUUGAUGUCCUUAAAUAUGCAAUUAUAUUUCAUGGGAAACAUACAUUAACAUAUUCAUUCAUUUGCUCCUUUGAUACAAAAUUACGUCUUCUUCCAAUUUUAUACUCAAAAAAGGGGCAUAAUUUGGUUUUAAAAAGUUUCUAAUUGUGAGUUUUUAAUACUGUCAAAUGGCCAUUCAUAAAACGUCCGUUAUCUGCAUGCACCGAUGUGGCUUGUAAAGUUAACUACAUGGCUCAAAUCCACGGUAAAUUUUAUGAACCACUUAUAGUUUCCUCUUAACAUCGUAGAGAAAUUACAGUUUUCUGUACGCGGUGAAAUAUACGGCUUGCAGUUUGGAAACUCUGAAUGCAAAUGUGACGGCAGGUCGGCUCCAAAACUAUUCGAGAAUUCAUUGAUAUUUUGGCAGAUUUUGAAUAACUCAUAUUGACCCAACUGUGAAAACUCGGCGCCUCGGUGGGAUUCGAACCCACGCAGUAAGGGGAAGGCUUUAGCGCAGCCAACGCUCUAACCACCUGAGCUACGAGGCCCCGCCGGACGACGCGAGUUUAAUCACAUUUGGGUCAAGUUACCCGCCCAACCUACUGCAACGUCUGGAAUCCACCAUAUCUGAUACAGUAAGUUGACUGCCCAAGCAGGAUUUCCUAAGUAAUUCACCUAGAAUCCACCAGAUGACUAUCAGGCUCGCGUAAUUCAUUGAUAUUUCGGCAGAUUUUGAUUCUAGGUGAAGUACUUAGGAAAUCCGGCUUGGGUAGUCAGCUUACUGUAUCAGAUUUGGUGAAUUCCAGACGUUGCAGUAGGUUGGGCGGGUAACUUGACCCAAAUGUGAUUAAACUCGCGUCGUCCGGCGGGGCCUCGUAGCUCAGGUGGUUAGAGCGUUGGCUGCGCUAAAGCCUUCCCCUUACUGCGUGGGUUCGAAUCCCACCGAGACGCCGAGUUUUUCACAGUUGGGUCAAUAUGAAUUAUUCGAGAAUUGGAAAAAGGUUUUGGAAACCAAAUUAUACCCUUCCAUGGCGUAUGAAAUUGAAAGAAGGCGUAAUCUGAUACCAAAGGAGCAAAAGUAGAAAUAUUUUUAUACUUGUUCCCAUGAAAUGUAAUUGAAUUUUUGAGGGCAUCGAAGAUCAGUGAGUAAAAUGCGUGUUACAUAUGUAGUCAUUUUUUACAGAGGAUAGUUUUGCAAGCAGUCGGGAAGAAGUUCGUUCGAAAGCCAGCAUCCUUAGGUAACUGAAUUAUUAUAGAAUUAUGCUGCAAGAUGAUGAAGUUUACAACCCUACUUACUGAAUCUUUUCGAAACGAAAAUGCAUUUCGGAAGUUCGGUUGACUUACCACAUGUAAUGCUGAUGGUAAAACUACUGCUACGGGUAGUUCGACGACUACCGUCACUGAAGCAAAAGCUGUUUCUGAUGCUAUGAGAUAUGUUUCUCGUAGAAGAAGUAUGGAAUGCGAAUGGACCUGCCCCUAUUGAAGUCCAUAGAAGUACACUACUACAACGAUGGAAAUCACAAUUGGUAUCUGGAGGACACCUAGCCCCAUUGGGCUACUAUACAGCCUAUUGCAUCCAAUUCUACCGCAUGUAGUUGUAUUACUUCCAUCUGUAGACUGGUUACAUUUGGUAUAUAUACUACUAUUUACUCUACAUUUGCAUCCAUUACUUAUACCGGGGGAACGUCCACAUCUUCAAAAUCGUCUGCCAUGGCUUAUACCAGUGUUUCCGCUACUAGUGCAACCACUAAUGACCAAACCAUUCCUAUUAAUGCUGCUACUACUGCUACUAAAACGACUACUACCAAUACUACUGCCAACACGAUUACUACGAGUACUACUGCACUAACGGGCAGCACAACUAUUACUGUCACCAUCAUAAACUACUCUUAUGGCCAUUGAGACAUAUAGUUAUACUAAAAGCGCAACUGCCACUCAGUGUUACAUUAAGGACACCGAGAUUGAAGUCAGUUGGCGCGCGUGCGACUCCCAAAAGUAGUAAACCGGUAAGAAAUUUCGGUACCGCUGGCAUCACUACGACUACGUGAUCGGUAGGAAGUGCGAAGUCUACGCAGCGGAUACUACCGGAAUGACUGUUAGUGCCAGUGGGUUUGCAACUAAUACUACCGCCAGUAGCAGUGCCACUGUUAGUGAAAGGCAAUACCGAGGCUUCUGGCAAUGCUUCUAAAAAUGGUGAAGUUAGGAAAUCAGAAACCUCUACGUAGACGACAACUACUGCUAUUACUUAUGCUGCGGUCGUCAAUACUGCCAAUACUACGACGUUUAGUAACGGAUGUGGUAGCAAUAUGAAAACUUCCACAGCUAGAACUACUGCUGCUCAACCCUUCUUCCGCCACAACUACUGCAACCCAGUAAACUACAACUGCUUAUGCCGGUAGAACCUCUAAAAUCACCAAUAAUGUUACUAUUACCAACAGAACUUUUAGUUCAAUUAUUAAUAAUGUUGCCCCUAGUACUAUUAGUAAUGCCACUAAUAUUACGACUAUUACUACGACUACCACGCAAGUGCUACAUACUGAAAUACUAAUCUGACGGCAGCGAACAGUACGGAACCUAUUUUAAAUUCUACUAAUUUUGCAUGCAGGGCGACAGCAGUAACUACCGGUACUAGUACAUCAGCAACAAGCAGAACAACCUCAAUAAGUCUUCUGCAAUAAGACUGGAUACUGGGGAUAGUGUCGGUGCCUGACGAAUUGCCACUGCAGUCAGUAGAUCAAAUACAGUUGGGAAAUGCAAACCCAGUACUGAUGAUAUGGGUUAAUGUCAGCGGUGAUUCUGCUACCAUAGGGAAGUGCUAGUAAUAAUACUACUACUACUGCUACUACUACUACUACUACUACUACUACUACUACUACUACUACUACUACUACUACUACUACUACUACUACUACUACUACUACGAAUGCUACUACUGAAACGACCACUACUAACGCUUCAACUUUACUAAGUGUAAUGGCAUACGUAACACUGACUGAAGUAUUACUAGUACCGGGAACGUCAGUGGCUAUGCAACGAUAUUUAAUGAGCUAAAUACGAACAACAGAAAGGGACUAACAAUAUCGUGAAUAGAAAUCUAGUGCCACGGCCACCUCUGCAACGAAUACUACUAAUGGAAAUUGCGGCGAGUGAUUGUAUCACAACUAGCACAAGCAAUACCUCGAAAGACACGACGGACACGCACUCAGCGAGAAAAGCAGCGGAUGACAAAAGUUUAAAGAAAAAUGCCUACUUAAAGCAGUAAGCGUUUAUUUUAAUUUCGCAAAACUCCGAUUAGCCGCGAAUCGGAGAGUUCAGACUUAUCUAACAAACCUAAACAAAUAGCGAAGAUGGUACCCUAACAGGAAGGGGAGCAUACUUAAUGGUUUCGGGAGAACAGUUAAUGGAAGGGGAAGAAGUUCGACCAAGAGUUCACUAAGGGCUACUUUGGCGAAGACCAGCUGAUUUGGGGAUGAAUUGCAGUCGGUGAGAAAAAAGAAUGUGCGAGGGGAUUGUGAGGGUGGCGAUGGCCUCCCGAAGGCGUUCUACGGUCCGAGUUGCUCGACGUUGAUCAAUAUCAUACUUAUGGGAGAUCCAGGCGAUUCAGAUAGGCUUAAAAUGAAUAGGUCAAUAAGAUUGGGUAAGUAAGGCAAUGAAAGAUAGGAUCGAACAGCGAAUAGCAUUCUUGAAGCCAAGCUGGCCAUGUUUGACCAUUUCUACAUGUAGAGGCCGAAGACAUUGAGGGUAGCACACGCGGGGUAACGUGGAGAACUAGGUAUAACUCUUGGCGAGUAUUGAUUUGAAGAGAGUUAUCAAACGGUCAUCGAGGUCAUCCAAGCUAGGAGUAGGAACAGUCAAAUGGUGCGAAAUUACAGUGGAACUAACACAUCAGAAAGUGUUAAACAAUACAAAGGAGAAUGAGAUUUACAACAGGAGGGACGUUAUUCCAAAACAUCAGCUACACAGUCUGUGGGGAAUGCAGCGCUGUCGGCAAAUGCAGGGUGUGGCCAUGGAAAGUGUUUUAAAGGAAGCGGGAAAUACGGAACGGUAACUGCAAUAACGGCGGGAAGGAGGUCAGCGGGAAUAUGAGGACAAACCACCAGUUAAGUUCGGUGACACGUAAUCACACCAUCUCUAACCUUGCGUAGUGGCCGAGGUCACUACACUGGAUCCGUGAUCAAAAAGUGUCUUCUCAUUCGAACAACUCUCUACUUUUCAAGGGAAAUUUCAUAAACGGCCAAAAUGACUUAAGAUUCUAAAUGGCUAAUUUGCGUACGUUGUCGAGGGAUCACAGUCGACGAACAAGGGUCUAGGUGAACCCAAUCGAAGUCGGAAGGGCCGUAACCCAACUACCGUUCAACAAAGGAACUGCACACCACAAUACAAAACAAUAUUCUUUAUUCGAACUACAAUCGGAGUUACAAUUGGUUUCGUAAAUUUGACGUGCAAAUAACUGAACUCUCGCUUCUUUUUUAAGGAUCUAUUAUUCAGGUUCGUUUUUGCUUGAUUGUCGUUAAUAAUUUUACUUUAUCACACCGUUUUCGUUCUUCUGUUCAAAAGACUAAACUAAAGAACACAAUAUGACGGUCAUGGGUGUUUCCUCUGAUAACAUUCCGCCCCGUCCCAAUUAAGGCCUGAAAAGUAGUCCCAUUUAUCUGUAAUUCCACCACCGCGCUGGGAAGACGCUCGGGAACUACGGUUGAUGCCACGGCGGAAAUGCCUGGUGAAAGAGAUGGCUCAUCGGUUUAGUGAUGCAAGACACAACUUUUCAAAGUGACCUUUUUCCCGCAUUUUUUGCAUAACGCCUCGCGUGCGGGACACAUCGAAUGGCGGUGCCUGGAAUGAAGUAGUGGCCACCAGAAGAGAGACUCGAAGAAGUUUCACGUGGCUUGGUAGCGGCAGAGAAUGAGGUCGUCGGAGGGUUCUGAUACGAUAGAGACUGUCUUUCUGCCAAUUCAAGUGACCUUGCCUGAUCAAAAGCAGUUUGGAAGUUCAAAUUCUUUUACACCUCUGAUGGCAUCGUCGCGAUCUUGUUCUACCGGAACGGCUUUAAAGUCGUAAUCCUUAGCUAAGUAGCUUAACUUUGGAGCAAACUGGCCGAGAGUUUGUCCGUCUUCCUGUCUAUAGGUUGCCAGAAGAUGGUGGGCGAAGAUUCCGAUUCUGAGUCUUAAGUAGAGAUGUCGUGGCAAUUUGACGGUUUCUUCAUAACUGGAGCAUUCAAUAAUGCAUUCCCAGACUGUCGGACAGACGUAGGUAGCAAGAACGCUUAAUUUAUCCGGUUUCAGGCUAUCGAUCGUAGAUGAGAAAUUUGCAAAAGUGCGAAACCAAUGAUUCCACUGUUUAGAAGCGUCUUAAGCAUUUGGAUCAAUAUCGAGUCGUUCUGGCCCAAGGAAUCGAUCCGUUCUGGAGUUGUAAAAUGAAUAAAUUGUUGUAGCUAAGACCGCGGCAGGCACACGAGAAGAAAAGCAUGAACAAAUCAGGAUGCAAGAAUCAGAACCAGAAUACCCUAUGGUAGGGCUUUAUCUUACGACCGACGUACUGGAACUAAAACGAGAAAUAGAAAAAUAGUAGGUAAGAUGCAGUUUAGCCAGGGACUUAUGUUGGCAUGACAUUCUUUUACUUCCUAUUAUUCUUCUUCUGAACAGCCUUCUGGAACUCGCCUGUUCGCUUCUACCGGUCGUCUUUUUGAAAUAGAAGAGCGUGAGUGGGUCAUAAAUCCAUUUGUAAACUACGAAACUACAUGUCUGACAGUGGCCGAUGAAGAAAAUGCAGAUGACCGGAAGUUCGAUUGGAUUCACAAGAUGCCGUUUAUGAUCAAACGUUGUACGCAUUUCAAAUGACAAUUCGGAGCCAGUGCCACUUAAUUGAAAGGCAGUCAAGUCCUCGCUGCUAUAUAGGCCUUCGUAUCUUUGGAAAUGACGAUUGUUCGUCCCGACACAAAAUUAAAUCUGAUAAGGACGACCUCAAAUAGGUCAUGGUGGAAUUCAUGUCAGCUUGUCGACUGUGGAGUCACGUUUCUAGUUUAUUUCCCCUCAACAACAAGCCCAUCCAUUAUACUGGUGGUCCUUAAAAUUACCCGCCUGGAAAUAUAUUGAAUAGCUCUUAAAGUUAAUUUUUUGUUUAUUUGGAAAGUCACGUUAGCGUGCCGCGUCCAAAAGCCCUUCCUUUUGGUGUGUUGCGGACGGGGAAUGUUUGGGGACCCUGUUCUUCAUCGUUAUCGAGAUUCGAGGCACAAACGAGGUCUACAUUCCCGUCCGACUUAACGCCUACGGUCGCGUAGGACCUCCCGCGGGGUUUUAUUUCGUACUCGUCAGGUCACAUUUCCCCUUACGCUUGUUUUUUUAGGUCCCCGACUUGCCAUGUCGGCGACCAACCACACAAGCUGGUAUUCUUACCACAUAGUAUUCGGCUCAGGAGCUUGCUGUUUUGUAGGGGGCUUCCCGUUAAAGGCCGUUCAGUCCGCCACCUACUGAUGCUCUGGACUUCCUACCUGUCCUAUUUUGAACGCCAUUUCGGUUACCUCGAAUUAUUUUUUAUGGUCUUGAGAUACUUGUCUUCCUCGUCACUUAGUAUUGCAUACAUUUUCGAUCUGAAUUAUGUAAACGUGAUCGGCACUUUUGACUGAUAAUGAUUUCCAGGAGUCGCCUCGCUUUAACCAUACUAGCUCAAAAGGGUAUUAACGGCUUUAUGGUGCUCGAGCCACUAAAUGAUUCGUACCCUGGGGACCCGAAACAAUUACACGUAGGCUUUUGACACUAAAAUCGUAAAUGCUAUUUAUGAAAUACGUGUAAAUACAGUGCUAAACACGAACACAUCGUUAGGAAAUGACGACUCUUAUUUUAAGUUGCGAAAAUUUCCAUGGAGCAAUUCAGAAGAGCAUUUGGCGAGUUUACGCGUGCUCUUAUUUGUAUACAGUGCUGUUAGAUGUUGUGAAUGCUGCUAGAAUUCCAUGUCAUCUAGGGAUAGCCGAUCAGGCGCACACUUUACUGCUGUCGCGUUGUCAAUCAUGGCCCAACCUGUCAGUCACUUGUGUGGUAGUGACAUAGACUGGCUCAGUCAGUUACCGUUUAGAUUGCACCUUGGGAUGCGGUCGACUGAUUGGUGGCUGUUUGUUUCAAAGGCCCGUGCCAUUAUGGCUAAUUGCGUUAGUUAAGGUCUGCGCGAAUCGCUUUUCAUUGGCAUAUGCUACUCCCUCACUGACUGCUUCGCAGUAAAGAGUAGGCAUGUGCCUUGCGAACAUGCCGGUAUCAAAGUCUGAAUGUGUAGUCUUUUCAGACUGGACCAAAUUAAAGGAGCAGGUUUUUUCAGAGCCAGAAGCCGCAAUUAUGGACCCAGUACUCCACUGAAUAACGUCCUAUCAGGGAGACAUGGUGUGGUUUGCACAGGCAAAAUUCUAUUAUUUGGUAUUUAACGCGAUCGAGGGGUCUGGAAUAAAUCCAGCCAAAUAUGCUGUAGUAGCUAGGACCGUAGCAAGCACACGAGAUGGAGAGGACCAACGAAUAUGACUGUAAGAGUCAGAACGAGAAUACCCUGUAACAGGGCUUUAUUCAUCUUACAAUUGACGUACUGGGACUAAAAAGAGAAGUAGAAAAGUAGUAGGUAAGGUGGAAUUUAGCCUGGGGCUUAUGUUAGCAUGACAUAUGCUAUUUACUUCCUAGACUUAUCUGUAUGAAAACUGGUUUUUGGCAAGCGUGGCAUCGGACAAGUGUACCCCUGUUUUACCUCACAGUUAUAAUUCUGUUAGAAAAACCCUUUUGAACCCCAGGGUAAUCAACAAACCGGCCCCGUUUAGGACUGCAGAUCUUCCAAAACUGCUAAGCCGUUCGGGAUAACACCAGUAUCCUGUUUGUAACAUCUAAUCAAGGUCAUGCCUCAAGUGCAAAAGGACAAAAUUGCGCUGAAUUAAGAAGACUGAAGUAAAGAAGCACAAAUUUCCACCGUUACUUUCACGGGCACGUAAAUUAUACUGCCCUCACCUCCAUUUUUCAGCAGAUUUCAUUUAGACUCACAACUGCCUGCAUAAUAAGCCGGUCCCUAUCAUUUCUUUAUUUUUCAGCUUACACUUAGCGGUGUCAGUGGAAUAUCCUUUGAUGGAGGGGUUGCCGGACACUCAGCUUGAUCGGCAGUUGCACACCAUCAGUCCUGAACAAUGUUUCAUACGCCAAAUUAUAAAUCCUAUUCGCUUUUCCCGUACCCUGAUUCAGCUGGGCUACGAACCCCUUCCUCCCUACCGUUCUCUUCACCCACUAAUACUAUUUGGUUGGACGAAACCCGUAUUCUUUUACCCAAACAUGUUUGCCUACGCCCGGUAUUUGUUUCAUAAAAGAGGCUUCUGGUACGUAAUGACAACCGGUUUCCAGGCCCGAUUUUUUUACGAUCUCCUCACGGAUGCCUGUCAGUUCAUGAAUCGCCGGUUUCUCCUAGAACAUAGUGAGGAUUCCCUUCCGCUGCUCACCAAUGUGGAUACAUUUGUUUUCGCUGACCCUAGCCCAGCCGCAGAUGAAAACCCGCAUACAAAACGAUGGAAUGGUCUUGUGGAGAAUAUAAUGGAGGAGGCCUCGCUAUGGAAGUUUGGAAUUCAUCUUUCUGGACUGCUGGCAAUGAAGGCAUACGAAAUUCUUCUGACUCAACCGUUUUAUGGUCCGUACGUACAUUUUAUAUUCCCCUCCAAAAACCGUCCUAGUUUUUAACUUGAACUUUCCUGGAGAAGCACCGUAGAAAGUCUUUCGUCUUUUGAGCACCUAAAUCCCCAAAUCCAUUUAAAUCCGUUUGAGGACCCGCCAUGGCACUGCGUACUUGCAAAGCAAACAUUUUAAUCCCCGUUAGUCCCUCAUCGUUACAACGUAGUCUGUUGGACACACCGAAAAUUGCACACACGUCGGAUUGCUGAUGUGCUGAAGAGGAUGCUGUGUAACCUGGUCAUGGUGUCUGGAAAUGGAACACCAAUAGCACAGCCUUUCCUGACGGUUUAGUCCUUGACCGCUGAGCGUGGACUGCACUACUUACCGAUGCUGUGGAUCCCGGUGCUGGCCAAACCAGCACUGGCGACAGCCGAUACAGGUGCAGCCACGUAAGUACUCUUGGUUUGCAGCCAUUUUGAGGUUUGCUUGAGAGAGCACAAGAAAGUAUGCAGUGCAUUGCCCUCUCUGCUCCCAAAUACUGGCGCCGGUGACCGUGAGAUCCGUCUUCGUCAUGCUUAAAUAAUCAGGUGGAAAUGAGCAACCUUAUUGUGAAUACCGAUCUCUUAUCUGACGAGUCUGCCACAGGCUUUAGCAUUGGUCUUGUUCCUACCUGGAAGGGGGACGAGCUCAUGACUUGACGCACUAAAAGUUUAUAUCGUAACCCUUCUGCUACCUUCCCUUCCAUAUAGUUAUUAUGGUACGGCAAAUGGCCAGCUUUGUCGGUGGAGAGGGCGGUUACAACUGGUUCCAUCAGGCAGUUUGGAGUAUAUACAGAGAAAGUGGUCUUCCUGGGUUCGUCCAGGUAUGUUUUUAAUAAUGUCUGACUACCCAUCACUUCAUCACUUGACUUUCUAUCCUUGGUGCACUAGCGCAACUCACCCAUCCAUUGACAGCCUGCUGCAAAUGAAUGGUUGUGAUUUAAUUUGUUCCUUAGAAUGAUAAAAAAAGUUGCACAAGCCAUUACGGGUCUUUCUUCUGUCCACGCUGGUAAUUUACCACAUGCUUUGAGUAAGAAAGAAAGAACCUAAUUGAGUGCCAGAACAAUUUCGUUAUUUUCUUGAGCUUCCGAGCACGUGCUAGAGUCCGUCGUCAGAGAUGACAGUAGCAACAGAACAAAUGGCACUUAUAAGGGUCAUUAGCCAACCAACAACCGUUGCCACAGGUCGGGACUUGACAGCGGAGAGCGCCGUAUGCGGUUGCCAAAUCAAUACACCGAUUGAUUGAGUCCUCACCCGCGGCCCAGGUUUCAAUCAACUCUCGGCAUAUCUUGUUUUUGGCUUGAGAAUUUUUUUUAGCGGCUGCAAAGUUGCAUUCGGGGCCCGUUUCGAUGGUGUGGACCACCGGUUGUAGUUACUCGUAACCCCGUCACACAGCUAGCUUAUGCUCGUGUAUGCGCGGUCCGAGCAUGUAGUCAGCCUGACUUGUGUAACCACAAAGACAGUCUAGUCACGGGAUACGACACACCAUACGUGACCGCUCCCUGGGAUUCAAUAGGUCCUUAAUUUGCAUAACCCUCCUGCGUACGAUAGCUUUGGACUGGCGUAAAUUUCAGCAUCUUAUCCCGCGGCAAUAUGAUCGGUCGCCUCUGGAACGUCCUUCAUACGUGGUGGAGCAUGCCGCAUCCUCAGUCCCCGGCUGGGUCCCCCGGCUGGAGGAAACGCGUAGGCGUCGACUUACAAACACCGUCGCACAGCCAUUCCGGAUAAAUUGGUCGCAGGGAUGACGGACGUCACAUGCUUUUCCCUCUGGGCUGCUGCAGUGAGUUUGAAUCCAUUUAAGAAGUGUUUCCACGCAACUUUUGUUGACCACCGGAUGAGCGCUGUAAAAACUGAGAGGUUUCGUGGUGUUCCAUUCCUAUAAACUGUCGUCACAAUUUUACCAUCAAAACUUCGUCUGAAGAGUACAUAAUGAAAGUAUAGCUGCUGCUCGUUUCUAUCCUCGUCAACUGAACACAUGUUUCUCUGGCAAAAAAUUUCUAGUCAAGAUGAAUGUGGAAACGUUCUAACACUUUGGAUGUCGUAAGCGAUGACGUUCACUGAGUGCCGCACGGGGUGGGCGCAGCACCACCCGUGAAUGAGGUCACAACGAGGCGGACUUGCGCGGCAUCUGCGGCACUCCUCCGUCGCCGAGCUUGCCCCAAUGGCAAGACAAAGGCCACCGGAAGUGGGCGCCGGCCCAGGGGCUGGCAAAACUGCACAGUCCGUCCGCGCGUGCUACACACGACCUGGCCCCUGCUGCAUGUUCAGGUCAUUGCUAGGACGGACCCGAUCCACAUGCGCGGGAAUAUCCUUAAAGUUACACUGAGAAAGAACCACUGCAGCUUGUCUCUCGAUCCCGAGAAAGACCGAGCUAUUCUGUCAGUUCGUAACCAUCCAAGCCACGACUGAAGGGGCCUCGGGAUAUGCUCAAGUGGAUCGGAUUUGCUAUAAUAAAGAAUUUGCUGAUAUGUCGUUGGAAUGGAUUCCCAAGUGUCGGUCACGCCUGUCCUUUCGCAUGCACCAGUGAACCGUCCGGGCCCGUCACCACAAUGAAUAGCCGAUCUAUUGUUAAUACCAAAGGAAAUGACACAUGACUUAAACAAAGCGCAGUGAUGAGAUCAGAUAUGCCCCAUUUUAAGCAUCUUUCCAGUUAUCCCCGGCUUAUGUGUUAUGAUCUUGAGCUAAUUAAUUGUUGCGUACUGCUUUUAGCAUUACGUACACUUGUGGUUGAAAUUAUGUAAAUAUGGUCGGCACCUUUGGCAAGUAAUGAUUUCUAGGAACCCAUCUGUGUUAACGUACAUAUUAAAUGAUCCACACCCUGUGUACCCGAAACAAAUGCAUGUAGAUAUUUGGCUUUAAAAUUUUAAAUGCUAUUUAUGACGUAUGUCAACCCCUGCCUUCGAACCCUCCCCCAGUCGUCCCGACCCUAUCUUGUCGCCGGACAGAGGUGGGUGAGGGAGGGGGGGAGAGUGCAACAGAUGCUGCGCAAGCCUGCCGCCACUAUAACUAAUUCACGUACAGGUCACCGUCCUGCGUCCACCAUGUUGUGGGGCACACGGUGGACAUCUUCGUUCGCGACAGUCAAACCGUAAUGUCUAAUUGCAGCGCUAAACACGAACACCUGCUGAUGAAAGUCAUAAGGCAAAAGGCUGAUUAGAGAACCUUCUUUCAGACGAAUGCAGUAUUAAACGACGAUUUACGUGACAGUUCGUGUGCUUUACAGACCUAUGGUAAUCUUUAUCACCUAAUGGUUAGCCUGUGGUGGAGAUGCGCCCACCGAUCACGCUGCGGGACAAACUCCUCCCGUUGUGCCUUUAGGCUCGAUCUAGAGCCCUGCAGGCAACUACACAGCGACUGGUAGUAUGGACAAAUUGACAUUACCGACAAAGAUACGGGAGACUAGAGUGGCGACUUCUGGCUUGUUUGCCGUAAUCGGCCAGCCAAACCCAACCCCAAGCCCUACAGCUCAGGUCCUCGUUCUGUUGGUUAGAAGUCCGGAGCUCUGACUAUUGAACCAUGGGAUCUUUGUCCUUUCAAUUGCAUCGGUAAUUUUUAUUUCUUUGCCAUAGAAAUGGCGUUCACCACUGAUCCAUUCCGGCUGCUGGACGUAAUAUGAACGAUUCUGCCCGACUGGUGAUCUCCUCUAGGCGGUUGCAUAGUUAUGGGCGACAGCUGAUGAAAGUGUUGCCGACUAGUUUCCCCCGUUCCUUGUAGGUACCAAUUAUUGGAAUUUUUCGCGCAAGACGGAGCAUCAGGUCGACUUUAAAAUCAUGUACACGAUUUGCAAGUAGGCAUUACCCUAAAGCUUUCAAAGUCCGCAGGAUUUCAGAUUCAGAUAUUUGAACAGUGACGUAUAAUUCCAACCCUCUACUUAUCAUUCUUGUUGUAAAUACUAAUUUAAGAUGUUCUGCUUAGCUCGAAAGUGCUCCUGUUAGAAAGUGAGAACUGUAUAAGCGGCCUGUGUGCGUCUAACCUUUGUCUAACAAACGUCAUGUUCUCGAAGCCACACAACAUCAUUUUUGUCAAUAAGACAGGUGCUUUUCGAAUGUUUGGUUUGCUUAUUCAAUCUAUAUGGUUGCGUUACGAGAAAUCUUACAUUGUUUAAUUUCUUUUGAGCGUAUAAUGCCAUACAGUGUGUUUCCCGGAAACGUGUACCAGGAAACCGAGGGAUUGUCGCUAAGAAAUUAUUAGGGCGAUUACUAAAAGAGUACAUUGUGUGUGGUCAUCCGGCGACCGGUGACAUUGUUACUUUAAUGCAGCGCCGAUACAUACCAGUCGGUUACUUCAGUAGCCCACGUGAGGAGGAGUCGUUCAUUGCUGUUCGUGGGAAUAAAGUUGUCUUACAAGUUCACUGUGCACCGAAAAUCAUGAAACAUACAUCGGACUUACCUGACUUAUUUAUGACUGGAAGCGUAACAAGCUAAAGUGUCAAGACUAGUCAGCAGGCGGCAGAACCUCAAGUCACUUAUCUCACGGUGCCUUACCGGCUUUUCCUUUGAACAUCUUUUCAACCGCUUACGCAAAUUACACCGGAAAAAUCAUGUUUCAGGCUUAUUAUGCCUUCCUCCUGUCAGACGCAAUUCCGGCCACCGUCUGGAGCCAGAAACACAUUUGCAGACGCGCACAGCACGAUACUUCAUUUAGAAGGUCUGUCAGAUAAUCACUUCCCGGAGCCGAAGUUCAUCAGCUUCCCGCUACCUGACAUUCUCAGUUGCUGCAGAUCGGACAUAUAUUCACACAGGAAUGGACAUACACCGAUUCAGUAGCGUCCUGAAUCAAACACACCGUAUUUGAAGGCAUGUGCACAUGUUUGCGUUUCUGGUCCCAAGUGGUGAUCAGCGUCGUGAUCGGUCAGGUAAAGGCAGCAUAAACCUGAAACACCACUGUAUCACUGUAACCGCAUCUCCGUCAGCUUGUUUUGGUGCGACUUGACAGAUUGGUGCCCGUGACGCCUGCGACCCAUUCGUAGCCAGUGAAUUGGUCGAGAAUUCUUGCCGACUGAUGAUGAGAUCGGACACUGUACAGGAAGGCCGCAUUUCAAAAAGACGGAAGUAAAAGGAAAACCGACAAAAUCCAAUCGGAGACUGAAACAUACACGUUACUACAUUACUUUGCCAUUACUACAGAAGCCAUAAUACUAGUCCUGCAGAAAGAAGAUAUCCAACAGGCAUCUCAGCCUAAUGAAAGUAUGAGGUAAUUCCCCCGAAGUCUCUUGGACUAUAACUUCGGAGGAGGCACGUCCAGCCACCGCUCCACUAGAUCUACACAUUAUAGCGAAUAUAAUGGGAAUCUGGAGAGCGCAUGUCUUAAUGGUACAUCUUCCUCCUUCGUGGACGACUUCGUAGGCAAAUGCCUAUGUCGGAACCGUACGACCUCUCGUAAAAUUGCUGCGCGCAUAUCGAGGCCGGUCAACAUGAGCAGCUCGUGACAGCCUAUGCCAGCGAUCCGCUGCCUUUUUGUGCCACUCAAGGAUCGGCUGCCGCUUGAGGAGCUGUCAGCAGUUACCGCGUUACUGGACCCAUCUUUGCAGUAUAACUGAUGGACGACUGGCAGUACAGGUGCAUGGACAUGCUCCGCCAGCAAGGCGGCGCGCAACUUCUAACACUGCCGCAGUUUGCUUUUGACAGUGCACGAAUAAGUGAGCCAGCUGAGGUGGAAACAGCCAGUGCAAUAGCUGAGGCCUGGCAGAGAGAUGUCCACUCACCCAUUUGCUAAGCAAACACACCUCGUUCAAUCCUCCGCACCACCUGGGCAAGAAGGAAGACCGAUGAGAAAUCAAAGGAGUCAUGCAGUGUAUUUCUCUCGAUUCACACUUUAUUGCCUGAUAAAGUGUCCGGAGAUUGUAUCUUCGCUGCCAUCGGUACUAGUUCAGGUCUUUACCAGCCUUACUACAGACUUGAAAAAUCAAAUACUGCUUCACCGCAGUCGUUGCCCGAUCUGGAUCUUGGUCCAAAGGCCGUGUCUCAAAAUGCAGAAGUACGUUUGCAGCGCUCUAACCGCAAAAGGGCAUAUUUUGCGCCAACGUAUCGAUGUGACCGUAGAGUGGACCACGCUGAAGAUGCGCUGGACCGACGCAAGGGCCAGAUCGGAGUCCGACAUGCGCUGUUGGGAGUGCGCACCUGUAACAGAUGUCUACACUGGGUUUCUGGUGGCAGACCUAGUCACAGGCUCGCCGCGCCAAUUAGGACUCAUACCACCCCCUAUUUUGUAUAAAAUCCUGGUCACUGUGUGUUGUGGACCAGGAGGUGUGGUGUCACUCCCAGGUGCGGGUUCUUGCCACGCCAGCCACCUGCGCCCACUCCCGCCUUCGGUUUUCAUGACUGGCUUGACACUGGAUCCAGGUGUGGGAGGAGAGGGGAGUGCGUUAGAUGCAGCGCUAGCCUGUUAUCACUAUAAACCAUCUUUGGCGCAAGUCACCGUCCCUGCUCUCCGCUGCGGAGCACGCGGUGGACAUCCUCGGCCACGACGGCCGAACCGUCGUACCGGUGUGACUACUACCGCACUGAGAGAUAACUCGACAACCUCGGUACGACAGAGAAGUUCGAGCAAAGUUGUAGUGUAAACCAAUCCGCUCUCUUGGCCUCAAGAUCUGAGCAAACCUCGUUGCACGACCUCCGAUCGAUACGACUUACAUAAGUUCAGACGAAUACUCUUCGGGAUGGAACCUGCUCUAAGACAAAUAAUAUUGAGCCGGUCACCUUUGGUGCUUCCUUAGACUUCGACAUGAGCGAGGCCUCUGACGACAUUAAGUUCUCUCACUGUCCGUGCCGCUUAAGGGAUUGAAGGAUGUGAGAUGAGCUAAAAGUCGGCAUGCAAAUAUUCAUUCUCCCAACUGGCAGAGGUCUAGUAAAAGUUUAACUGCUGAAUAAAACCUGUUCUACUUAUGAAGGUCGAGUGAUACGAAACCUCUGUUAGCGCCUGACUGAAAAUGUUGAUUAAUAGAAGUCUGUUGAAGCUAAAAAAGCAUGGGAGCAUCAGAAUCAAGGCCUAUUAACGGGUGAGGGCGACAGAUGCGGCCGUCCUGCGGUCUGAUAGCGUUCCAGAGUCAGGAGUCAGAUUUUUAUUUCUAGGCCGAUCCACAUGUGGGCUUGCAGAGUUGUUGUCCCUAGAGUAAAGUUUAUAACCACGAACUCGUAAAUGGAGAUUCAUUCAGUCGAGGAAUUUAUGGAUCGGCACAGGAGCAUUGCAGUCAAACCGUGCAAGAGGAUCGUGCCAUUCGAUGCCACCUGUCUCCUAGCGUCUAUAUCUAAGUGAACUGCUAUGCGAAUGCUGGAUUGAUAUCUGUUCGAGCUCACAAAGGGUCACCUAAAGGACCCUUUCAAUUUUGACGCCGUAAAAAUAGGUUAAGUCGACGCUGAUGACCCUGCAAAUUUCUGGCCCGAUUGUCCAGACUACCUCCUAACUUUGCUAGACGGAACUGUUCAGGUCGUGGAAACCCGACAUUUCAGUGCCCUGACCCGCCAUGCAGACAACAGACGGGGUUGACUAUCACUGAACGGGGGCACAUAACUCACCCGCAACUAACAUUUGCGGUCUUUGCAAAGGGCUCUGUUAAGCGCGUGACCCGCGGAGCUUAUAACGCGAGUCGCUCAUUUGACCCUCUAAGCUUUUAAUUCAGGUGAUUGAAUUCAGUAGUUUAAACGUCAGACCAAGGAUAUAUUGUUCCUGAUGGAAUCGUAUUCUUUCAAAUUAGUGGAAGAUCGUGUAACCUGCCUUCUUUGUCUCAUUUCAUCUUGCAGGAGUCAAAAGGAUAGUGGUUGCUUACGGUUAAAUAGUAGUGACAUCUGAGCCUUAAUUAUUGUCUUUAAUGAUGCUUUCGAGUGCCAACGCGGAACAUUCGGCGAGUACACUAUCGUUCCCGGGGAUCGGCUUUCAUAAUUUUUCUAGAUAAAAGUUUCCGAGUUAGCCGCUCAAACCUUCAAUCGGUGUCAAGUAUUUGACGCUGCGUGAACUAAAGCUACAUAAUAUCCAUGUGGCAUCUGCGAACUAUUAUAGCCUAUAUUAUCCUGUACUACACUGAGAAGAAUUUGACCGCUUGUUAACUCUUCUCUCCACAAGUAAUUUUGUGCGUAAGAUAAACCGUUCCCCUCAGUCGUAAAGAGUUUUUUGUUAGAGUUAUUUGUUACUGACAGUAUGCCAAAGCUGUGUUGUGUAUUUUUAGCUCUUGUAAUUUUCCCGUCCCCACUUCAUUUUGAUGAUGCGCAAGAGGGCGAUGUUCAUGGUUCGCGGGCGUUUGUAUGUGGCAUAGAGUAGAGAUGCAGGUCUGUCAAAAUCCAUAUGCGUCUUAGCGGUCAUUAUGAAUGGGGGAUCCGUUGAGGACUUUAUCGCAUUUGGCACUAGUCCCAGGGCCAAACAUCCCCACCCGCAGCCUUCGGCGAAGUCAGCUUCUAGAUGGCUGACAUUCACUGGACGUAAUGCUGUUUGUUUGGUCUUCUUUCCUGAUUGCGCACGUUUCUGCCCUGCGCUUGCUCCUCUACAUAACCUUUGCCGCCACCACCUGUCCGCGUACCACGCGCUCUUUUUACACUCUUGUUACUGAUGGCGGUAGCAUCAGUACUGAUUGCUAUCAUUGGACGCCCCUCUCCCCCUCUGCCUCUCUCGGUAACUUGAUGUUCUUUCUUGCAAACGUGUUCCAUUCGUCUCUGUAAAGCAGGUCUAUACGAUUAGCUUCGGGAGGCCUGUGCUUCGCUUCUUAAAUACUUUGAAACGCCUGAACCCUAUCACCUUUUAUUUGAUUUCGUUCCUCUGGGCAGUGAAGACCAAAACGUCAUGCUAUUUUAAAUGUCAUACUUACACGCACCAUGCUCAAUUCUUUCUGUUGAACCCCUUUCUCCCUUUUCCACAGGGCUUUUGGCCACGAUUAUUUUGCGAAAGUAUCCGACUAAUCCUCUACUUCUCGGCUUGUCGAUUUAUCCGUCGACACGUUCUCAGCCUUUGUGAUAGAGAAAAUGGGCUUCUUGUCCCUUUGCGAACCCUUCUUCUCAUUAUCAUAACAAAUUGCACAUACAGAUACGAGGUAAGGCCGUCGUGAUGAAUUAGCGACUUAUUUAGACUUUUUCGUCUAAAUUAUGUCGGAAUUUUUUUAUGAUGUCAGCAGUGACGAUUUACCGGAUUUCAGUGCACCGUGCAUCAGCAUCAGUGUAGAAUUACCUCUCGGCCGUCAUAUUUUCAUCAAAAUCUGCGGUUCGAAAUCAAAAUUAUUAUUUCUAUUCUGAUCUCCAAACAGUUAGGUAACUUAAGUAAAGAAGAAGAGUCGAGCAUCGGAACACUUUUUUUUUAAUUGUCCUGAGCUUUCAGGACAAUAAACAAAGUGUUCCGGUACCGACUCUUCUUCAAUUAUGCAUACGCCUGGAACUCGAAAUUUCGCCUUCAUUCGUGAAAAGUUAGGUAACUGUUGACUUCUGUAACUUGUUUGAUUAUUAAGCAUUGGGUGCCGGUUCUACCCUUUGUGGUGAUAGUGGUCGGUACAUUUGUACCCGAUGUCUUUGAGCGAUUCAGGGUAAAUGGGUUUAUCGGCAGUUGCUCGGUCAUGCAACCGCAUUCGUCCCACUCAAAAUCAGGUCAGCUUACCCUUCUCGGUCUGUCUCGACCGACGGAUGUACAUCCAAAGAGCCUCUGCCAAAAGCAUAUGCGAAAUUUGCAUCUGUUUUCCAUUAUUCUUGGAAGGGGGGAGGAAGCGCUUUGUGCGUGAAAGAAAAUUGGAACUGCCACUGUCUGUCGGUCUUAAUUCUAGACUGAUCCUACUACUUCAGGGAGGAGUGAGAAGGUUCCAUCAUCCGGAAAGCAAGUGCAUUUUUCUGGCGUUCCGGACUCUUAAUUGGGCACAGCACGUAUCCGCGCCAGCUGUGGGACGGUCGGCCAGCUGAGGGCAUCCCAUUACUUAGACCUCGUGUCAAUUAUUCGUCAGAUAGACUGAUUACGUGCCUGUCACCCACACAGCUACUUUCAACGAAGACAAGCCAGAGGCCUAUCGCGCCAACUAGAUUCAGCCAGGCUGUAAAAUUGACGUUUUUUCAUUUCUGAUGAAGCAAUAAAGACUAGAUUAGAAGUGUCCGUUGAUGUUUCUGCGUUCCUGUAAGUUGAACCUUCUGUUCCUUCUGAAUUAAUUCCCGGGUCACGAAUCUUUACGUCCACAGCUGUGCUGAUAUUGAAGUUUGUACACAACCGCUUUCAGUGAACGAAUCAUGGCGCGUCUCUCGUACUGUUGCGGUCAGAUUACGAGAAACCGCUGUCUGGCUGGUGUAUAAUACCAGUAAACCACUUUUAGCCUUAAAAACAAGAUGACAAUUAGUCUGAUUUUACACUUGACAGCCAAGAGUAGAUAUCCAACAAGGAUUAUCUAUUUUGAUUGAAAAUUUUUAAAUUGACGGGGUGCAUUUGCUGAAUUCCUCUUACCGAUCUAGUUGUAAACUGUUGCAACAAAAAAGAGUUGUCAUUUUGUUGGUCUUUGGUAUUCGGAAAUCGGAGUCUCGGGAAAAUUAUUCAUAGUCUAACUUUGCCGCUUUGUUAUUUGUAAAACAAGCCAUUGUUAGUGUGCACAUGCUCUAGGCCUAUUUUAUUUUUAGUAAGAAUCCUGUACCUCUUUUGGUUCUUCAGGGUCCCAAAAGGCGGGACUCAGAGAACAGCAGCGACACCCUUGCUGCCUGUAUACAUUGCGACGGCACAUUUAAUUUACUUACCGACCUAGUCGAACAUGUAUGCAUUCUUUGCAUCAUGAACGGGAAAUUCUUUGUCAGGGCGCGCCGGAGAACGACUAUUAAGCUUAUCACAUCGUUGACACUGCCUCAAUAGUUGAGUUCGCCUAUUGGGCAACAUGUGCACAGACAACAAUAAUAAGUAAAGCGUACUCAGUAUUCAGGUGUAGAUAGCCAUCAUCGAUUACUGCGAGUUAACUAUCACAUCAGACGCCAAAGAAUAUGGGCGCAGCUGCCCUCAUCGUUUGUGUUCAAGAGUCCGACAAGAAGCCGAGUGGUUUAGGCCGUCGCCUUUUCCGACGCCUUGUCCUGCAGUGCUCCCUCUUGCCGAUAAAAUUGCUGAUAGUGCACGCGGUACACCAUCGAACAGAUUUUAGGGUCUUUACUUUGCUGACGUUCCAAAAUCAGUUGCUUAUUCUUUCUUUCUUCUUGUGCGUAGGUGGUGACCUGCAUGAUGGCUGUUCGUGGUUCACGGCUGGCGGCGGCAAAUGAAGCUAACACCUUCAGCGACUGGCGUUCGUGCAGGCGCGCGCUGUCGGAGUCAGGCCAAUCCAACCGAGGCUCCAUGCCCUUCUGGAGGAGGCACGUACAGGCCAAGCACCUCACUGCACUGCAGACCGAAUAA